AUGACAACAAGAAGAAGCAACCGACUUGCAAAUCUACCAGCUCCAGAACCAGUCGACAACAAGCAAGAUGCACUAACCAAAGCUGGUGGAGGAGAGAAGCGCAAAGCACCAACAGGAAAAUCAGAAAGCAGAACGGCUCCGGCUUCUAAGGCAGCUAAGAGAGCCAAGGUGACCGCAGGAGGCAAACCAACUACCAGCAAUGGUCGAGCACUCAGCAUUCAAAAUGAAUUUGGCCCGAUCGGACCUAAAGACAAGAUAUCGUCUCUUCCUCCCGAGAUCUUCACCAUGAUCCAAGACAAUAUUCUAGCACCAUCAGCUAUAAGCGCAUUAGGACGGACUAGCAAGAGAUUCUAUUCUCUUAUGAUGCCUAAACUCUACGGCCGCAUCGCCGUUGCGGCUAUGUUUCACGCUCACAUCCCGAAGCUUAUCCGUGCGCUCGAGCCGCUUCUUUCUAUAGGGCAGAAAAAGCAAUUGAAGAAGGAAGGCAAGUACAAAGGCCAACAGGAACGAUACCAAACUGGACUUGAUGAGAAGGCGAAGCCAAUCUGUGCUAGCUAUGUAAGACAGUUCGUGGCUGGCGUUGCAGAUCCCGGUAAGAAGCACAAGUAUAUCUGCGAUAGAUACAUUGAGGAAGCUUUCAAGAAUAUGAAAAACCUCGAAAUUGUGGAAACGCGGGUAUUGACUGAAUCUAUCAGCCAUAGUAUAGCCUCGCUAAAGAAUCUGAAGGCUCUUCGUCUAAUCGCGACCAAUGCUGCUCCUGGAUGCUUGGAACCACUGGCUUCAAUCAAGAAUCUGAAACAUCUGGAAGUGGAAGACCAUGGCUACUCAUCCCACGGUAUCACUUUCCUCCAGUCCAUGCUCCGAAACUCGAGGACGACGCUUCAGAGCCUGUCCGUCAAUUCACAUUCGUAUCGUCUCAGCCGAUUCUUAGAGGAUUGUGAAAAGGAUACCAAGACAAAUAUCACUGGUACAAGUGACAGAAGUCACGGUUUCACCGUCUUGAAAUCCUUUUCUCUCCGGGGAUUAACAAUCGACGAGGAUUUCAUCAAUGAGCUUGACAAGACAAUUUACUUUUCCCAACUUCGAGAACUCUCUCUUGAAUAUUUGAAGGAUCCUCAUUGUCUCCUUCCCAAUUAUCUGACGAAGCAGGCUAUCUUUCAUCAGGGCACAACUUCUUUGAGCCUCCGAACGUUGAGCUUGUACAUGUCGGCGCGUGACUAUGCGCAUAGUCCCACCCAGCAGGAUGCCUUGUUCCUAGCCAAAUGUCGCUUCGUUGCCUCCUUUGACACUUUGACAAGUCUGGAACUCCAGGAUUAUGGCCAAUAUCCAAUAAAUACAAUCAGUAAUCCAGGCCUUUCGGAUGCGUUGCUACAAGCUAUUCUCAAGCACAAGAAAUUGAAUGAGUUGAGGAUAAAUUACAGAGGAGUAACAUCUGGUUACGAGGUCCCGUACCUGAACGCAAAGACCGUGGGGAUUCUUGUUGACAGCUUGCCGCAGUUGCGGGAACUUGAAUUUGCGCCAGAUGAAGCACAGAUGGAUGCAAUUGGUCAAGCCCUGCGCCGUGGUAGCAAUCUGGAAUCUGUGACCUGCUUCCCCCAUGCGAGCUGGGCGCGCUAUCCCCGACCAGAACAACCCGGAUUCGAUAUAAUUUCCAACAUUCUCUCCGCCUUUCUAUCGAAUCCUCAGGUCAGCCUCACAUCUACAAACAACAAGUUUGUUUGGGAGGACCACUAUAAUCUCAGGCGUGUGUCAGUAUCCUACAAAACGUGGGAAAUUGCGUCGACAUUCGAGAAGCGAAAGAGACGAGGGAAACAAGAGAUGACGCCGGAACUGAUGAAAGUGGGUGGACCUGAUGGGACGCGUGAGGUUUUCUAUCGGCAGUUGGCAAAUACUUGGCGAAUCCAUGUCGGGUAUGACCCAGAUUUCGAGUGGGUGGCCAAACACGAUAAAGAGCUAUAG